AUGUCUGGAGGCUCCCGGAGCCUCUCUGUCGAGACCACAAAGUCGGAUCGCGACACUUCAAGCUCCUCCAACGCACAACACGCCGACGACGCUGCCACACAAGACUCUGCCAUGAAGAUAGACACUGGUCCUUCCACCCCGCAGACGCCAGAGCCCCAGUCGACUGCACAAGAGCCCCCGACCGAGCCUUCCUCUAGUCGGGUCACGAUAAACCUGCGCAACACCGCCCAGCCCGACCCCCUCUCCUCAUCCCCUGUUUCCCCGACGCCGCAGACGUUGCCGGACCGGCCGACCGAACCUUCAGAUGGUGUUAAGAAGAGUGUGGAAGACUUGGAGGAAGUCGACAUGGCGCAAGCUCCCAUCGAGAUCACGGACACCCCGCCUUCUUCCUCUUCAAGCCCACAGAGCCCCGAGGUGGAAGUAGUUGCCAUACCCGACGACGACCAGGAUGCCCCGUUCGACGAGGAGGUCAGCAUUAUCCGCGAGGAUGCCGCAUCCUUCGAUCCAACCCCCGAAUUCCCAUACCAUGAUGCCCACGAGUCGCUGCCAGAGACGGUUAGCAAGCUGGUCAACUACCUCUCUUCUCAAGCACCACCAGAGGAGGCUGUGCUGGAGUCUCUGCGUUCCUGGACAGUCCAAUACACGAAAUACGUCGGCAUCGUCGGAACGAGAGCCGCACAACCGGUCUCGCCGGAAAGCCGGCAGAUCGUCGCCGACUUCUUCAUCGCAUACUCCAGAAUGGCGGCUCACUUUGUUGAGUUCGAUCUUCUGACUGCUCAGGCAUUCCAUACAUCUCCAGACGACGAGCGCCGACAACCAGAGUUUCUUCUUUACCGGUUUCUACAACCACUAACAUCCUUCGCAAGGAGAGAACACAACCGGAUUCAGAACGGUCAAAUGCAUGAAGAAGAGAUGCUUAGUACGGAGAUGAUGAACACGUUUCAGUCGGGAAUUGGCAGCAUCAAGGGAUUGAUCAAGCUCGUCCAAAUGCACGUUAGCAACGCGCCGAGGUACCAGCAUCUGAUGGAUGUGCUUUCACCCAUCUGCAACGUUGCGGCCCUCAUUCUGCAAAAGACCAUUCAAGGCGUUCACCCUGAUGCUUCUCCUCAGAGCCUGGAAAUUGCAAAAGGUCGCUUGGCGGAUGGUCAUCUGCUUUACAACCUGGCUUCGAAUGCAUUGCACAGGACGAUUGAAAACAAGGUGACCCAGCUCUCGAACGAAAUGACACAGAGUCUUGUCACUUCCUUGUCGGACAUCCUUAAAAUCUCUUUGGGUGGUGAUCAUAGGCUGGCUGCAGAGCGGCUCAAAGCACAUCGGCAAGCGCACCCCGACCUGCCGCAUCGGUUUACGCCGGAGGCCAUCUCAUCGGAAUGGCGAUUGGGCGUGUUCGGGAAACUGAUUACGUCAAGCCAAAUGCAACUGCGUGUAAUGGCGGCUUCUACUAUGUGUCAUGAUCUGGUCACCUGCUGGAAAAGAUACAAUGAUAACGAGGACGAGGACUGCAAGCUCUUUUUGAACUACGUGGCUGAAUACCUCCUUCGAACCAAGCUGGUCGACUACAUCCUGGGACCAACUUGUCAUCCCGAAAUCACCGUCGAGAGCGGCAACAUCGUGGGCUUCUUGGUGGUCACGCGCUUCUACCGCAGCGAGCAAACAGACUUGCUCUGGCAGACGAUCACGACUACACAGGAUCCGCGGGUGUCGGAAGCCUUGAUUCGCAUGACAACGAGUAUCGUCAAUCUGUUCUACAAAGAGGAGUUGCUCUACUUGUGCAAAAAGCUACAAACCUUACCAAUCGACAACUUCACUCCACCCGUGCGAGGCCUUUGCGAAAACAGUCUCAGAGCGCUUCAGACUAAGAUUCAGCUCGCGGGGGAGACGCAGAGUGUUUUACCAUUGAGCAUCUGCAUCCGGCUUCUGCGCGAGUCUUCCAUAUACGUCUCGGACUCGGCUGUUGCUCACCCCGACGUUCACCAUUUUGCUUUGAACAAGCUGAGAGAGCUCGUGAGAGACGGUAUUGAGCCCGAAAUCCGCAAGGAAAUCUAUCACGAUUGCAUCAAGGACAUAGCCUCCAAAACACCCACGACGUUGGGCACCCUAUCAUGCCUUUCGGUGGCCUUGCGACCUGCCGUGGCUUCGGAGUUACGCGUGUUGACGACAGAACACAACCUGACUCUGUUACUAGUGGAUGAGCUCGAACAUGCGAUCGAGCAAGGCAAACAAGCCGGCAUCCGAAGGAUCAUUGGCGGAACCGUCAACCAUCCUCGCAGAGACCUCAUUGCCAACAUCCUGGUUUACGAGCCCUCCACGAUCACCUCCGACCUUGGACCACGCUUAUGGGACAUGCUUGUUGGUCAUGGCGCCGCAUGCCAGGACGAUCGGGACGACGGCUGGAAAAUUUUCAACGCCACCAGCCCAAAGACGGCUCAUGGAAACCCGUUCCUUUCGGUUUGCUUCAGCGAGUAUUUGCCUAGUCUUGCUCGUGACUGCCUCUGCGGAGGUGCUUUGGAGUUUGUCAGAAACGCGGUGCUCCCUCGCGUGAAUGACAUUAACGACAUCAUCUUGGAUGACGGUGAAAGCCUUGCGCAGAGUGGGGUCGAGCAACUCUGGCGUAUGAUUCUUGAUGCCGAAGAUGCCACGAUCGUGGCCAAGGAUAUGGCCCUCGUGGAUGCCGCAAUCCAGACGCUCGUGGGCGACAUUUACAUCGAUAGUGAAUCCAUCUUGGCGUAUCCGCAUCACAGGGCUUGCCAAGUUCACUUGGGGCUUGUGGCUCGCUGCCUCAAGCAGAUGGAAGACGCUGCAAACCGGCUGGAGGCUUUCAGCGACGGCACCCGGAGUGGUGACGAUGAGCCCAUGGUUAUUGUGGCAACCGAGGAACAGACACUGGAACAGGAACGCAUUUUCACACGAUCCCUUGCUGUUCUCCGGCACUUUUUGAAUGCGCACCAGGCCAAGGCUCAUUUCUCUGCACCCGACCUCCGUGCUCUGACGCCUGGCUCGCCAAGCGUGGCCGAAGGUGAGCCUGCUGAGCUCAAGUUUCAGUCUUUUGAUGGCAAUAUGCAGACGGAUAUCAUGCCCCUCGAGGUUGGAAGACAGAACACCGCUGCAUCGCUGCUGGCAAGCAUCCGCCAAGCAACUGGCUUCGACAACUAUCGAAUAUACUAUCGCGGCCACCCCUUCGCCCCCAACGAAAGCGAUGUAUGUCGUUCUCUCGAAGAAUUAAAAAUCCACGACGGCCUGAUCCUUGUCAAACGGGAAGAGACUGGGACAGCCAUGGCAUCUAGGAUCAAGCCAGGCGCCUCCCUGUUGGAAAUCGAAAUCCUGGGUCACUUCGAGCAACUGUGGAACUACUUGAGUAUGCAGGAGGCCAUUGCCGCAGAGGUAUGCAUCUUGACACCCCGCAUGAAGUGCUAG